AUGGCAGAGGAUGCGGCUUCAUGCCGGGGCUGCAUAUUUCGAUGGAGGUUUGGCUUCCGAAGGGCUCUGUACGAGCAACUGUUCUUGAAGAACGAGCCUCUGGUGGUGCUCGUGCGAAAUAUGUUAGGCAUCAAGGGCGACGGAGACGUGGCGCGAGUCAUGCGCGUCUUCCUAGACGUCGACCUGCGGGGAACACACAAGUUGGACAUCGAGACCUUCUUCGAGUACUUCGGCAUCGAGUUCUCCGAGUACAACAAGCGAGCCUUUCGACUCCUAGCCUUCGGAGACGAACAGGAAGACCGAACAGGACGUAGAGGGUCUUCAAGCAGCAAACGCUCGAGCCUCUCGCUCAAGUUCGAUCAGUUUUUUGUCAGCAUGUACAACUACGGCACACUGCUCCACGAAGCCCUGGUGCGCUUCGCGUUCGAUGUGAUGGCGUCGGGGAAGGAGUUCUGCAACAGGCAGGACGUGAUUGGGCUGGUGUCGCUGCUUCACUCGGAGAAGUCCCGCGUCAGGAACACCACCGACACCCUCAUGGGCAUCAUGGACCCUCAUAACCGGGACAAGGUUUCCUUCGAGACGUUCAGGAAGGAGGAACGGAGGCUGGGUUCAAUGCUCUUCCCCGCCUUCAAGCUGCAGAAGACCCUCCGUGCUAAGGUUCUGGGGCAGCGGUUUUGGCGCAAAGCUACGAAGAGGCGUCGGAAGGCUCGCAUGGUUGGAGCCGAUCUCUGUCGAGAAUACACCAAGGUGGGACGGAGGAGCCGGGCCUCCACCCGACGAAACCGGGUGCCGAGGGCAACGGUGCGUAUGGGGCUGAAGGAAAGGGAGAAGGGGAGAGCGGGAGGGGGACAGGCGGAACUAGCAGCUCCAGCGGCAGCGGCUCUGGUAGUGGUAGCGAGGAAGAAAAAACCGCCGAUCAGGCCCAGCAGCUGCAGCCAGAGGGCAGACGAGUGUCGAUAG